AUCAUUUUGGGGCUCUUUAUAGCUUGCUGUUCGAAGCGAGCCAAUGCUCCAUGUUGAAGAUCGCACUUUGACAUAUAAUGGUUUACUUUUACAAAUUGUGACUUGUAUGGAGAGUUGUCUCAUUGGCACUCUUCUUUUAUUUUUUACUCUUGAAUUUUGAUUUGCAACGACUUUUUUGUUAGUUUAGCCCAUUUCAAAGCAGCAUUUCUAGGUAUAAUAGUCAGUCUGUCACUGUACACGGAUAUCGAGUACUUAUGUAGAGGAGAGAAAAGAAAAGAAAAAUAACAUCUACAAGGCACUUUCAAAGGAAGACUGUGGUGACGAUUUUAUUAAUAAAUUAAAUAUGUCUCGACGGACAGUUAAACGAAUCAUUCAAAUAUGUGCAAUAAUCAUCAUAGGCUUGAUUGCGUUGUUAUGUUUUCAAAAUUCCAGCGAUAUUGUGUCUGAGAAGAAUUAUUUCUCCGACAGAAAAAGCAGAGAUUUAGUUGAAACUUCAUUUGGACUUUUUAAUAUUACACCACUAGAAAAGAUACGUCGCGAUUGCGGCGAACUUUGCGAUACUAGUCGACUUGGGACUCCCGGUCCAUUUUUCGACCAUAUCACAGCCAAAAUAAAAUGUCAAGCUUUAUUUAAAAAUUCAUUAAUUGAUCGAGAACAUGGACAGGUGGAAGCACCUAACGAAAUACCAAAAGUCCUUUGGAAUGAGUAUACAAUGAACGGCAGAGUUGAAAUCUUUAACUAUUAUUUCGACGAACAUUCAUUGGGAAAAAGAAAACAUAUAGCUAUUCCAGUAUGGACACAGUCUGGAAUUGAUGAGUUAAUACAACUUGCAAGUCAAGGAAAACUCUCUGGAAAUUAUGGAAUUAAUAAUACAAAUGCUCUUCGUGAUGCACUUAAACAUUCACCAGGCGUUAAAGAUGGAAGAGUUCUAGUCAUUGGAUCUGUCAAACCUUGGGCAGAAGCAUGUGUGCUUGAAGCAGGUGCAAGAGAAAUUGUUACUCUUGAAUAUGGUAAAAUUGUUUCCGAGAUCCCCAAUGUGAAAACUAUGGUUCCAUAUGAAUUUCGAAUGGCAUAUUUGAAUGACACCUUAGGAGAAUUUGAUGCUGUUGUGACAUACAGUUCUAUUGAACACUCUGGACUUGGCCGAUACGGGGAUGCUCUAAAUCCCUGGGGAGAUAUAAUAGCAAUUGCAAGGGGAUGGUGCGUUACUAAAGAUGGUGGUUCUCUUACAAUAGGAGUAGAGUAUAACAACAAUCUGGAUUAUAUCCGAUUCAAUGCCGACCGUUGCUAUGGUAAAAUCAGAUACCCCUACUUAACUACUAACUGGAAACAAUUUUAUAGGGGCUUUUCUGGUAAAGGAAUUCAACGGGUACACGUAUUCACAAAAUAGAAUUCAAAAACGAAUUAUAAUUGAAUUGAAAGAAUAAACUAAAAAAACAACA